AAAUUUAGCUACAAAAUAACAUGACCAACACUAGUCACACUUCACAGUAAUUUCUUUGGCAUCCCUGGUAUGCUUUCAAGUGUGCCCACAACUUGGCAUAAUAGUGGUCACAUCUGGUCACACCGCAUUUUCACAUCAAAAUUUCGACGGAAGUCGCCGGCUACGAUACCGAUAUACCCAUAGGAAAGCGAACCGCAAACCGACGAUGCUCCGAACCCGACUCAUCCAGGCGGCCAGCUCCGCCCAGCGAGCGUUCUCCACCAGCCAGAAGGCCCUGGCGGCCAAGCAGAUGACCGUGCGGGAUGCCCUCAACAGUGCUUUGGACGAUGAGCUGGCCCGCGAUGACCGCGUCUUCAUCCUGGGGGAGGAGGUGGCCCAGUACGAUGGUGCUUACAAGGUUUCCCGUGGACUGUGGAAGAAGUACGGCGACAAGCGCGUCAUCGACACGCCAAUCACAGAGAUGGGCUUCGCCGGCAUCGCCGUUGGAGCUGCCAUGGCCGGUCUGCGUCCCGUGUGCGAGUUCAUGACCUGGAACUUCUCCAUGCAGGCUAUCGAUCACAUAAUCAACUCCGCGGCCAAGACCUUCUACAUGUCCGCCGGCGCCGUCAACGUGCCCAUUGUGUUCCGUGGUCCCAAUGGUGCCGCUUCCGGUGUUGCAGCCCAGCACUCUCAGUGCUUCGCCGCCUGGUACGCCCACUGCCCCGGCCUGAAGGUCAUCUCGCCAUACGAUUCCGAGGAUGCACGUGGUUUGCUGAAGGCCGCCAUCCGUGAUCCCGAUCCCGUGGUCUUCCUGGAGAAUGAGCUGGUCUACGGCACGGCUUUCCCUGUGGACGAUAAGGUCGCCGACAAGGACUUCGUGGUGCCCAUCGGCAAAGCCAAGAUCAUGCGGCCGGGCAAGGACAUCACCCUGGUGGCGCAUUCCAAGGCGGUGGAGACAUCGCUUCUGGCGGCUGCUGAGCUUGCCAAGAAGGGCAUUGAGGCUGAGGUCAUUAACCUGCGCUCCAUUCGUCCCCUGGACACGGCGACCAUCUUCGCCUCUGUACGAAAGACCCACCAUCUGGUGACCGUGGAGAACGGCUGGCCCCAGCACGGCGUUGGAGCUGAGAUCUGCGCCCGCAUCAUGGAGGACCAGACCUUCUUCGAACUAGACGCCCCCGUGUGGCGCUGCGCCGGCGUGGAUGUGCCCAUGCCCUAUGCCAAGACGCUAGAGGCGCACGCCCUGCCCCGCGUGCAGGAUCUGGUGGAUGCGGUCCUUAAGGUCUUGGGUGGCAAGGCGGGCAAGGCCGUUGCCGCCAACAAGUAGGAACUCACGACUAUCCAGCCGCACGAUCGGAACCACGUACUAUCUAAAUUAAUAAUCCUCGUCGAAACGCUGCCUCUGGUCUAACCGAGCUGCCUCCCAUAAUAGUGCACCGAACUGGAAAUUGAAUGAUCUGAAAAUUAAGCACCACCGCCUUCGGGUUUGGUUUAGUUUUCCGACGUUCUAGUUUAAUUAUUUGGUUAUAGAAAUCUCUUGUGAAAAAUAAACGAAAACAUAAAAAUA